GUCUGAUCAAGCAAAUCAUUUCAAAGCAAAAGGAAAAAGAGAAAACGUAAGGGCAGAGGAAGCCCUUCUUCUUCUUCGUGAAGAAGCUGUCGAUUUUCAGAAAAAGGAAGCGACUUUAUUAUAACCAAAGGAGAUUUUAUCAUAAGGGUCAUUGAAAGUCUCGAGCUUGCAGAUCUAUCGAAGCUUCUGGGUUAAUAAAUCGUUUAUUUCAAUCAAUGGGUGGCUGUGCGGCUUGCUACAGAGAACGCAGCAGAGAAACUGAAACUCUGAAGGAUCCUCCACAUUUUAGUUCCAUAGCUCAAAAGAAACAUCCGAGAGCCGUUUCUGAAGAUUUUUGGUCAACAAGCACUGUUGAUAUGGACAACAACACCUUCCCUUCUCAGGGGAGCUUGUCAUCAUCCAACCAGACUUUUGAUUCUCAGUCUGCUUCUAGAAACUUAAAUCCCCCUCCUGAGUUUGUAAACCAAGGUCUUCUUCUUUGGAAUCAGACAAGGGAGCGUUGGGUGGGGAAGGAAAGAGGCAGUGACUCACCGGAACGCAAGCAAAGAGCUAAGAUAAAUUGGAACGCAGCAUCAUAUGAUAGCUUGCUUGGGAGCAACAAGUUAUUUACCCAACCCAUUCCUCUCAAUGAGAUGGUGGAUUUUCUAGUGGAGAUUUGGGAACAAGAUGGUCUAUAUGACUGA